UAGGUCAGAACCAGACCCAGAAACGAGAGAGAGAGAGAGAGAGGGUUUAUCAAUUCGCCUCCAUUAACCAGUAGAGAGAAGAGAGAGAAAAUUUAUAUAACAGAGUCUAGAGAGAGAGAGAGAGAAACCAUUGAAACUGGGUUUUCAAUUUCAAUUUCAAUUUCCCAAUUUCAUAGCACCACGCGCUCUGUGACUGAAAAUUUUCAAGCUAUGUAUGUUUUUUGAUUGUUAAAGCGCGCGCGUGGUGUGUACUGUGUGGUUGCUGCGAUUUUGUAUGAGAUACAGAGUUUCGUAUUUGAUGGAUGAGAUCUGGGAGAGGGCCGUUGAAACGGCGUUAGAAGGCGAGAAGGAUGAUGCUUCGACGCGGACGCUAACCCUAGACGGCGCCGUUAAGUGUGUUCAGGGGCGGUUACCACCACCGAGCCUUCUAGAGAGGUUCGAGAAUCUUCAGCAUCUGUCGAUAGCAAACGUCGGCGUUUCGUCGUUGGAGCAGUUCCCGAGGCUGAGGAGUUUGCAGAAGCUGAACCUCUCUGACAACCGCAUCGCCGGCGGGUUGGAGUUUCUGGUGCAGGCGGGGCUGGACUCGCUGCGGGAUCUUGAUUUGUCGAAUAAUCGGAUUCAGUUUAUUGAGGAUCUUGCGCCGUUGGCGGAGGUGAGGUUGGUGUCGCUGGAUCUGUAUGAGUGUCCGGUGACUAGGGUGAAGGAUUAUCGAUCUAGGGUUUUCGGGUUGAUUAAGUCGCUGAGGUUUCUGGAUAAGAUGGAUGCGGAUGGGAAUGAGAGGCCGGAGUCGGAUGAUGAGGAGGAGGAGGAAGAGGAGGAGGAGGAGGGGGAGGAGGAGGAUGAUCCGGGGAGUGGGGAGAUUGAUGGCGAGGAGGAUCGUGGGUUUGGGGUGAAGAAUGGGCAUGUUGAAGGGGCUGAUGGUGUUGUGGAUGCUGAUGAUGAUGAGGAGAGCGAUGCCGAUGAGGAGGAGGUGGAGACCUCGAGGGGUAGGGUGAACGGCGGGUCGAACCAUGUGGAGAACGGGUUCCGUGUUGCCCCUGCUGGGGGCGAUGAUGUGGAGGAGGAGGAUGAUGAGGAUGAUUCCGGGGAGGAGAUUGAUGAGGAGGGUGGCGACGAUGAGGACGAUGAUGAUGAUGACGUUGUUGAAGUUCAUGAGAUUGUGGAUAGUGACGACGAUGAUGAGGACGGUGUUGAGUUUGAUGAGGAUGACGAUGACGAGGAUGAUGAGGAGGAAGAGGUGGAUAAUGAUGAAGGGGAUUUCGCUGAGCCGGAGAGUACUGGGAGGUUGACUAGCACUGAGGGCGAGAUUGAUGGUCAUGAGCAGGGGGAGGAAGAUGGGGACGAUGAUGACAUCGGGGAGACUGGAGAAGAUGAGAUGGGGAUAGAGGAAGACGAUGGAGAGUUUGAAGAUGAUGAUGAAGAGGAUGACUAUGGUGGCGGAUAUCUUGUUCAGCCGGUUGCGCAGUCUGAGGCUCUGAAUACUGCUGAUGUUGCUGACGUGGAUGAUGUAAAUGAGAAUGGUGAAGAGGAGGAGGAAGAGGAAGUUGACGACGACGAUGAUGAUGUCCAGGUGCUGCCUGCUGCUGCUACCUCUUCACACCCGAAAAGGAAGAGGGAUGAUGAUGCUGAUGACAGUGAAGAAGAAGAUGAAGAUGAUGAAGACGUGGUAGCAUUCUCAAAGCCGUCAAAGAAGCAUCAUUGACCCUGGGUUAUAAUUUAUCUGAUUUUCGUGUUCUGUUGUUGAUGGCUUCCAAGUACUGGAAGCAGAGAAACCUUAAAACCUCAGUGUUAGAUAGAACAAUGGAUAGUUGUUAGGGAUUUAGCUCUCUUGGACAGAGGACAUAUUAGGAAAAAAAGAAUUGUAUGUUGUUGGGUGGAAAUAUGUUGAAGUUCAAAAAGUGGUUAGUGUUUUUCCCUCGUUGUUGCCUUGCCUUUGACAUAUAGCCGUUGUUGUUCUAUUAAAUAUUCAAAUGGCAGUUAUCAGA